AACGGAAGUUUGAAAUUACGCGCCACAAAAGUCAUGGCUGAAAAUUAUUUUCUUCAACCAUAACAUUGGAGAUGUCUAUAAAGUGUCGCUAGUUAGCGACUGCAUUGUUGAACGCUUUUUAACACAAUUUUACUUCUCUUUUUUGCAUGUUGGAUGUAAAAUGUCUUUACUCAAACCAUUUAGUAAACUUCCUGGACUAAACACAGCCAACAUACUGCUGGUAGAGAAUGAAGAGCAAUUUCAGCAGAAGUUAGCUGACACUGUUGUGCUUCAUGAGAAGAAUGUCAACGUCACUGUAAGGUUGGCUAGAAGCCUCCCACUACCCAUGGAAAACGAGGAGUCUCGGCCGCGGAUAGAUCUGGUGGUUUUCAUCAUUCACCUAACCUCAGAACUCAGCUUCCAGUCAGCAGAGACCUCCCUCAAGUAUUUAGACCCAGGUUACUUCCUGGGCAAAGUCUGCUUCCUGGUUACCAAUGCUCGUAAUGCAUCAGUGCCCCCUGAGCGACUGGUCUCUGUGAGGAAGCUGGCUGCAUCCCUCCACUGCCCCUUACUGUGUGCAGAGGAUCAGACGACAGAGGGGGUGACCACGGCAGCACACCGUUUACUGGCCAUUCUCAAGGUCGCGGCCGGUCUUGUCCCCAUGGCAACUGGUCUCUACCUGUCCACCUUCACCCGCUGCACUGUGCCCUCUGACAUUGAUCAGCAGAACUUUGAGUGAUCUUUGACCUUUAACCCAGUCCAGAACAUCACCACCUGGACGAGCCAAGUCUGGUUGACCAGGUACUUACAUGGACUGUUACUUGUGCUCAAUAGCUAUUGCGGUCUCUAAAACAGAUAAAUGUAAGAGGUUUAUAUAGAGUGGACUGCGUGUCAUAUUGUUUUAAUUUUGUUUGUACAUACAGUAUGUUUACCAUGCACAUAGUACCUUUUUAAAUACAUAUUUUUUUGUUUUGUUCACAUUGUAAGCUUUUAGCCAUUUACAAAUAUAUCUGCUUUGAUCUAAUUUGUGAAGAAAGUGUCUGGUAUCUUUGUAAAUACAUUUGAGAUUACACACUAACCUUACUUUUUAGAAUGUCACUUGUUGCUGUGUCAAUAUACUGACACUAGGUGGAGUGCCUGCAGCCUGACGAAAGACAUUGGUUCAAUGCCUCGAAAGUGCUUUCUGGCUGCGCUAUAGAAACUUGUGAUAACAUGGUGAUGAAAUUGAACCAUGCAAUUGAUAUCCCCUUAUCUUUCAUUAUGUAGUGUUUCUUUGACCUAUGUGAGAAAUAAACGGCUUAGCUAGUAGAUACAAUCUUAAAGAUGCGUUAUAAAGGUUUUGUAUAAUUUCAGCCAGUAGUUUUGAAAGUAGUGCUCACAAGCCGAAACGGGUCCAUGAAAAUUGUGCACCAUUGUGUAUAACGUCAACCAUUUCGUAUGCAAAAUAAAUAUAACAUAUUUUGUACAAUGUUACACAUUUGUAAGUGCUUAAGAUCUUGUUAAACCUCUUUAAUUGUGAACCAGCUGUUUGAAGACUCGGACCUCCUCACUCCGACCCGUCUCCCUCCUCCCACCUGUUUCCUCUAUCCCUAAACUCCAAGUUCACACCCCCUCCAUGUUCACAACAGGUAUUUUGAUAACCCUUGGUUGAAGAUCUCCAGUGUGCUAUCCCACUGGACAAAGAUGUCAGUUCAACAUCAUUUGAUUGAGUUUUCAACUAACAUGAAUUAAAUGUGAAAUAAACACAUUUGAACCAUGUCAUUGGAUUUAGGUUGAAAGUUGGGUAAAAAAAAAUAAACAUUCCCAAAAUCCCUUUACA